AUGGAUUUACCAUCCAUUAAUUUAAUAACAUCAGCACCACUCAACGAUGUCGUACGUGAAUUACCAGUAUUAUCAUUGGCUAAUCCAGGUAUGGAACGAAUUGUUGAUAGUAGUACAGCUGAAUAUACAUCAAUGUUACUCAAUUGUCGUGAUGGUUCAUUGGCACAACAACUUGCACAUAAAUUGUCAAUCGUUGCAAAUACAGUUACAUCAAUUACACUCCGCCAUCCGUCAGAUCCAACACCACCACCAAUACAUACAUUACCUCCUCUUUUACAAACAACAAUACAGUAUAAUCCAAAUAUUUUUAAUGGAGUUUGUCAUCCUUCAUCAUCAUUUUCACGUCCUUUUCCUUCACCAACUAAUCCUUAUACUCAUUAUUCAAAUCAUCAUUUUCCACAACAAAUAAGUCCAAAUAACAGUGGAUAUAGUCAAACAACAACAUCAGCAACAACUUCACCUUAUGCUUCACGUGCUUUUAUGCCAACAACAACAACAACAACAACAAAUCAAACACCUGAUUGUCAAUCAAUACUUUAUCCUCAAACAUCACCACUUGCUACUCAUCGUCCAACACGACCAACAGCUGUUGUACCACCUUUACCAAAAGAUCCAAUUAUAUCAUCACCAGUCGGUUCAAUCACGGCUGUUCCGUCAAUGAUAUCAUCAUCAUCAUCAUCAUCUUCAAAUAAUUAUCAACAAGUUUCACCACAAAAAUCAUCAAACAAUGAAUCAAAUUAUCAAAAACAGAUCGAUACGUUGCAAUCACAUGAACAUACAAAUAAAAAUUCACAAUCAGUAACAAAUAAUAAUGUAAACGAAGAUAUGACAAAAAAGAAACCUAGUCCAGUCGUUCAACAAGAACCACAUCAACAAAUAGAAAAAAUACGAAUUAAUCUUCAUAAAAUACAAAAUGAAGAACCAGUAUCAAUAAAAAUUGCAUCACCUUUAAAACAACGUUCAAUUAAACCAAACAUUCCUCAACAAUUAAAUCAUUUACCAGCUGAUUUUACACCUGAUUUAAUAAAAGAAUUAUUACAAGAUGGUUAUUCACUUGAUAAUAAUUCUGGUGAACGUUUACUUCGACAACGUCGUUCAGGAAAUAGUAAUACAACAUCUUUAAAUAAUUCACCAAAGAAAAAACGUAUUCGAAGUUUAUCAACAGAAGAUGAUGAUGAUAUUGAUGAUAAUAAUAAUAAUAAUGAUGAUGAUGAUAUAAAUGAUAUUGAUAAAGAUGAAGAACAACAACCAUUAAAAAAACGUAUACGUCGUACAAAUGAUAAUUCAAUUAAUAAUAAUUCAAUUGAUGUAAUGAGUGCAUUAAAUAAAAAAACACGAGAUCGUUUAGCACGUAAAGCAUUAGAUAUUGAUGCUGAUCCACAAGAAAAUACAUCAUAUCAACGUUUUAUACAAUUAUUAGAUAUAUUUAAUGAUGAUUAUGAACGUCAUCAUGAACAAUUUGAACAAACACCUGAUGAUCAUUAUCUUGAUUUAUUAUUAUCUGAUCAUACAUUAGAUGAAAUGGCAAUAUUAUCAGAAAAAUUAAAACUUUCAACAUAUAUGUCACGUAUUGAUAGAAUGAAAUUAAAACGUUUAUUAGAAAUUUUAUCAUUACGUAUUAAACAAGGUAUUGAAAUAAGUCCUAUACUUAAACAUGAUAUUAAUGAUGAACAAACAAAUGAAGAAGAAGAACGUAUAUGGAGAGAUUUAGUAUUUGAACGUUUAACAAUGUGUGCAAAUGCUUGUGAAAUAAGUUUAAAUAUAAUGACAACAGAUAAUAUUCCAAAAGAAAUUCUUAUUGAACAUGUUAUUGAAAAUACAGCCUUAUUUAUUAAAGCACAAUUAGCUAAAACAAUAUUUCCUGAAUAUGAUCCAUUAUAUAGAAAUGAUAAUCAUUCAAAAGAUCCUCUAUUAACAAAACAAAAACGUUCAAAAGUUACGGGAACAAAAUGCAAACAAGUUCAAAUACUUUAUAAUAAAAUUGUUUCACUUUUUCAAGGAAUUACAGAUUUAAUGCCAUUAGGAAAAUAUACAGAUACAAUUAUUCUUGCUUAUGCAAAAAUGUUUCAUAUUGGCCAAUGGCUUCGUGAUAUAAAUUUAACAGUAGAACGUUUAACUCAAACUUUAACAAGACGAAUAAAAUCUGGUCAAACAGAAUUAGUUGAUGAUGAUGUUGAUGAAUCAAUGAAUAAUAAUAAUAAUAAUUCAAAGCCUUCAAUUUCUAUUGAAGAUGAAAUUGAAAUGAAAAAAAAUGAGAAAAUUUCUAUACUUAAAAUGCUUUCCAUGCCUGAAACAGCACGUAAACAACAACGAUAUACAUUAGAUAUUGAAUAUGAUGAUAUUUAUUUAUUAAUGCGUUAUUUAACAUCAAAUAGACCAUUUUUAAAAACAUUUGAUGUUUAUCUUAAACAAUUAGCAGCUAUAUUUCAAUCAGAAGCUGGAACAAAUAUACGUAGUAAAGCAAUGAAAUGUUUAUGUACAGUUGUUGAAGCUGAUCCAACUGUUUUAGCACGUAAUGAUAUUAAAUCAUGUGUUAAAGUUGGUUUAACUGAUAAAAGUAUAAGUGUACGAGAAGCAGCUAUUGAUCUUAUUGGAAGAUAUAUUGUACAAAAACAAGAACUUAUUUUACAAUAUUAUGAUGUUCUUUGUGAAAGAAGUAUUGAUACAGGUGUAAGUGUACGAAAACGUGUUGUUAAAAUUUUUCGUGAUGUUUGUUUAACUCAACCAAGUUUUAAUCGUAUACCUGAUAUAUGUUCACGUUUAUUACGACGUAUUCAUGAUGAAGAAUCUAUACGUAAAUUAGUACUUGAAACAUUUCAACAAUUAUGGUUUUCUCCAACACGUAAUCAACAAGAUGUUCGACAACGUGUUCAAACAAUAAUUGAUGUAUUAGUUGAUGCACAAAAACAAAAUUAUACAUGGUUAGAAAAUUUAGUUAAAGAAUUUCUUCAAACAAAUGAUAAACAAUCAAUUGAUGAUAAGAAAAAAGUUCGAGAACAACGUAAAGAUGUUUUAAAAGCUAUACAAGAUAUUAUUAAUGAAUUAGUUGAAUCAAUACUUAAAAUUGAAUCAGCAAAUGAUCAAGUUUCAUCAAAUAAAAUGGUUGCAACAUUUAUAGCACUUUAUGCAUUAGGUAAAGCUAAACCUGAACAUGUUUUACCACAUGUAUCAGCUAUAGUUGAAUAUUUAAAUAUUAAAUGUACAUCUUAUAAUGACAAUAUUAUUGUUCAAUAUGUUGCAAAAAUACUUGAAUUUACGGUUCCAUUAAUGAAAUCAGCAUCAGCAAGUAUUAUUUAUUCAUUAGAAGGAAGUUUAACAAAACUCCUUCUUGUUAGUGGUCAAUUAGUUAUACAUUCAAGUAUAGCUUGUUUAUCAGCUGUUAUUCGUUUAUCAAAAAAUACUCAACUUGUUAAAGAUGUUUUUAUACGAUAUCAUUCUAUUGUUGUUCAAUGUCAACAAAAAAUAUUAGAAAAACCUAAUGAAGAAUUUAAAGGAAGUGCACAAUUAGCUCGAUCAAUUUAUAUUUUAGGUGUUUUAUGUAAAUAUUUUGAUGUGGAAAAACCUGAAUUUGAUGAUCUUGAGUUUUCUGUUGAUGAUCUUUUUCAAUUAUUUAUAUUUCUUGUUCAACGACCUGAAUCAGUUGUUAAAUUAAAAUCUCUUGUUGGUCUUGGUUUCUUUUUACAACGUUAUGGACAAUAUCUUAUACGUGAUACAGUUCGUCAAUUAUAUCAUACAUAUUUACUUGAUCGUCGUCCAGCUGCUGCACAAUUACGUUGUCAAGUUUUAAUAAAUUUAGAAGAAUAUUUUCGUGAUUGUAUACGUCGCAUGGCUGAACAAGAUGUUGAUUAUCUUCAUCUAACAUCAACAGUAAAUUCAAUAACAACAACAACAACAACAACAAUACAUGAUGAUGAAAAUAGCAAUGAUGCUAGUGGUCCAACAGGUGCUAGUCUUAAAGAUACAACUGAUGUACAUUCAGAAAUGGCUAGUUCAAUAGCACAAUGUUAUUUACGUAUUGUAUUAGAUACAUAUUUAAGUGAAGAUGAAACAAUACGACAAUGUGUACGAAAAGUUGUAACAUGUAUAUUAGAACAAGGUCUUGUUCAUCCUGUACAAUUUAUUCCAUAUCUUAUUGCAAUGACAACUGAUCGUGAUACAACAAUACAACAAAGUGCUGAACAAAAUUUACAAGAUUUAGAUAAAACAAAUCCUGGUAUAAUACAAACAAAAGUUAUGCAUGGAUUUAAAAUGAGUUAUCAAUUACAAAAAUUACUUGCUAUAGCAAAUAAUAAUAAAAAUAAUCAACAGACAAAUUCACAAUUUGACGUUAUUAGAGGCAUGACAAAAGUAGCAAUAACUCCUGCAAAUAAUCAACAAUCACCAUAUUGUUCAGUAAAUCAUUUUCUUUAUUCAUUAAUUCGUUCAUCACGUGUUUAUCGUCGUGGUUUAAUAUCACAAUUAUUAAAAAUGUUUGAUAAUGAUACAACAACAACAACAUCAACAACACUUGAAGAACAAUUAUUUGUAGCUGAUAAUUUAGCUUAUUUUCCAUAUCAAGUACAAGAUGAACCAUUAUAUUUAAUUGAACAAAUUGAUUUAUCAGUUAGUGUUAGUGGUUCAACACAAUUACAACAAUUUCGUGAUUUAUUAAAACAAUAUUUAGAUUAUAUUGAUGAUGAUGAAGGUAUUGAUAUAAAUAAAUUAGAAGAUAAAUUUUUAAAUUUAUCAGAUAUAAUUAUUGAUGAAUUAAAUCAAUGUUUACGUACAUCAAAAUCUACAAUGUUAUUAUUAUUAUUAAAAUCUUAUCUUAAAGAUGUUUAUAGUUUAAAUGAUACUAAAAUAACUGAAUAUGAUCAUACUGAAAGUAGUAAAAUAACUGAUCGACCAAUAAUAUCACGUAAAAUAAAUGUUAAAUUUGAACCAAAAAUAAUUCUUGAUACAAUAAAACCAUCAAAUCAUAUAGAUAAUAUUCAACGACGUAAACAAAUUUUAAAAGAUUUUGCAGAUUUUAAACGUUAUUUACUUGCAUUUGAUACAGAUAUAGAUGAUACAAUACAAUCUAUAACAGAAUUAUUACCAACAACAUCAUUAAUAUCAAAAAAUAAGAAAAAAUCUGGUGGUACAAAUAAACGACGAAAAGUUAUGAUCGAUUCAGAUGAUGACAGUGCCGAUGGCAAUUUUCAGCCAUAG